AUGGAAAGCCACGGCAUAGCCCGCACAGCCCGGAAACCACGCUCCGAAGCCCAGCUCCAGGCCGACCUCUCCAGGAUCGCGAACCUCCGCGCCAUCGAGGACUCCCUCCUCCGUGCCUCACCGCGGCCCGACCCGGCCGACCCGGCGACCCUCGCCCUGACCACAAAGCUCCUGCGCCUGAACCCGGAGCACUACACGGCAUGGAACGUCCGCAGGCGCUGCCUAACCUGUGGAUCAUUAUCAAGACCCUCGCCUGGGCCGUCGCCAUCGGCGCCGCCCGCGAGUUCAUCAGCAGCAUGCACUCCGCCUCUGUCCUCCGACGCUGCGUCGCGCUUUUCCUCGACCACGAUCCCGCCAGACCCCGCGUCCCCAGCGGACCCAGAGAGUGGGAGGAGUGGUACAACAGCUGAGUCAGUGGAGACGAAAAGGGGACCAUCGACAGAGGAGGUCGUUGAGACCCUCAAGAACGAGCUCAUGUUCACGAUUCCGCUGUUGUUGGAAUUUCCAAAGAGCUAUUGGAUAUGGAAAUAUCGUUCCUGGCUCCUUCAACAAGCCAUCGACAUACUACCGAGGCCCGUGGCCCGUCGCAUAUGGGAAGAAGAACUCGGCCUCGUAUCCAAGAUGCUGACAAAAGACCGCCGCAACUUCCACGCCUGGGGCUACCGGCGCAAAGUCGUCGCCACUCUGGAGGGCGCAGGACUCGACGGAAAGAGCUUGGUCGAGUCCGAGUUUGCAUACACGACAAAGAUGAUCAAUAUGGACCUGUCCAACUUCUCAGCAUGGCAUAACCGCUCUAACCUGAUACCCCGCCUACUAGAAGAACGCGGCGCCGAUGACAAGGCGCGGCAGAAGUUCCUGGAAGACGAACUCGACCUCGUCCGCGAAGCAUUGAACGUGGGCCCGGAGGACCAGUCCCUCUGGUUUUACCACCAUUUCCUUGUCCAGAACAUGACCGAGUCAGAUGGCCGGCCCAAGAUCGCACCAAGUCUGUCAGGUGAAGAGAAGGCAUCCUAUGUGAAACGUGAAAUAGAAGACAUCAAGGACCUCUUGGAGGAUUACGACGACAUCACGUGGAUUUAUAAGGCGCUGCUGGAUUACACGAGGGCGCUGCCGCGCGUCGAGGGACGAGCGCUCAAUGACGAAGAGACGGAAGAACUCCAAACGUGGAUGGCCAAAGUGCGUCAGCUAGACCCUAUGCGCAACGGGCGUUGGAAAGAUCUCGAGAAGGAGUGUAGUCUGCUCUAG